AUGACCAUCGUCAGCAUCGCGCAUCGCUUGAGCACCGUGCAGAACUCUGACGUGAUCUUCGUCCUCUCUGGCGGGCGAGUUGCAGAGAAGGGCUCGCACAGCCAGUUGACGGCGCAGGAGGGCGGCAUCUACCAAGCGCUAGCCGCCGCCCAGGGGGCGGUCCUCCUACACCAGGAGACGGGCGAGCUGGCGGAAGAAGAAGAGGCGCUGGUGCCCAAGAUCCUGGCGGAGCCCUCCAAAGCCACGAACAAGAUGGCAGAGGAGCUUGAGGACAAGGAGGCCGAGCGAGUGAAAGACAUCGCGAAGAAAUACAAGGUGCCGAUGCGGAGGCUGCUGAGCUUCUCGCGCCCACACUGGUGGGCCUUUGCCCCUGGCCUCCUUGGGGCCCUGGUCAGUGGUGCUUGCUUUCCAGUCCUGGGAGCCUACAUCCUCGUCCAGGCCAUGAUGUCCUUGAUGCAGUCGGACAAGGAGCUGAUGAAAGCCGAUGCGGAGAUCGCAGCGAUGUGGUUUGUGAUCUUCGGUGCUUUGAAGUGUGUGUCGUCCGGCGUGCAGUUCGCCUGCUUUGGGCUGAUUGCCGAGGCCACUACGAAGGAGGCCCGCGUCACGAUGCUCACCAAUAUGUUCCGUCAAGAUGUUGGCUUCCACGACGACCCAGAGAACACCUCGGCCAAACUGGUCGCGGCGCUGAAGGUCUACGCCUAUCGCAUCGCGCGCCUCAUCGUCUCCUUCGGUGACAAGGCCGACGCCCUGUGCUCGAUCAUUGUCGGCUUGACCAUGGCCUUCAUCGCCAGCUGGGAGAUGGCGGGCGUCAUGCUCCUGGCCAUCCCCAUCUUCGGUGCUGCCCAAGGAAUUCAGAUGGCCGUGAUGAUGGGAGGCGAGAAGUCGGAGAGCCAGGUGAUGAAAGCCUCUAUGCAAGUGCUAUCGGACUCGCUGCUCAAUUCCCGAACUGUGCAGGCAUCGGGCAAUGAGCGCGACGUUUGCAAGCUGUACACGCAGAUGGUGGACCGUGUGUCAGAGAACCUGCUCAGGAAGCAUCUCAUUAAUGGCCUGGUGUUUGGCUUCUCCACAGCCAUUACCUUCUGGAUCAUGGCCGGCGGCUUCUACUUCAUGGGCGUCCUCAUCGAGGCAGGGCGCGCGACCUUCGAGACGGGCCAGCAGGCCUUCAUGGGCAUCCUCUAUGCAGGCCUGGGUGCUGGAAUGGCCUCGGCGCUUACCGGAGAUCUGGCAAAGGCAAAAGUGGCCGCGCACGACAUGUUCCAGAUCAUCGACAAAGAGACACGCAUCAACGGCCUGGAGCCGACGGGAGAGUGCCUGCGUGCCCCCACGGUGGGCAGAUUAGAGUUCCAGAACGUCCAGUUUGCGUAUCCCUUCCGGCCAGACGUUCAGGUGCUGAAAGGCGUGUCCUUCGUGCUGGAGGCUGGGAAGUCGGCCGGCUUGGUGGGCCCCUCCGGCGGCGGCAAGAGCACCGUCAUGGCCAUGCUCCAGCGCUUCUACGACCCCGCGAGCGGCGAUGUUCUCAUCGGGGAGACACGCCAGCCGCUGCGAGAACUCAACAUCCGGUGGUGGCGCAAGCAGAUCGGAUUUGUCGGCCAAGAGCCGGUUCUGUUCAACACGUCGAUCCGGGAGAACGUUAUGUAUGGAUUGGAGGAGGGAGAGCAAGUCUCAGAAGAGCACCUCGAGAAGUGCAAGCAGAUGGCGAACCUGAACUUCAUCGAUAGCCACAAGGCCCAAGGCUGGGCGACGCAAGUCGGGCCUCGGGGCAGCCGCCUUUCAGGUGGGCAGAAGCAGCGUGUGGCCAUUUGCCGGGCCUUGGUCCGGAACCCGCCGUUGCUGCUGCUGGAUGAGGCGACCAGCGCAUUGGACUCCCAGAGCGAGCGCCUGGUGCAGGCGGCCCUCGAGGCUCCAGACGAGCCGUUGAAAGCAAUGUCAGCAAUCGCCAAUCUCAAGCAAAGCGCCAUGCAGCGGACACACUCUUGGCAACGCCUAACGCUGCAACUCCCGGGCUCCAAUGAGUGCCUUCUCUGGAUUGCGCUGGACCACCUCUACGCCACGGGGAACAUCUACGUGAGCCAGGAGUUCUUGGAUGAACGAGAGGUUUGA